GACUAGUGGCAGUUCAGACAGGGAGGAGAAGCAGCUCUUUGCAUCUCCAGUGAAAGCGGUUUUUGACUCACCUAGUUUGCCCGAGGAGAAAUCACCCGGAUUUUUGCUGCAGCUUCCAGCUUCUUUGUGCAUCUCUGUGAUUUCCUCCGGCGGGGACUUUGCGGCGUUCCAGAUUCCCAGUGGGAUUGGACAUCCUAUCCAACUCCUCUCCUUGUUCCUGGAGGAUCCUGGUUCUCUCUGGGACUCCCCUGAACACGUGAGACCGGCGUUUCCAGCUUGGCACCAGGAGAAAUUUGCCUACAACUCUCUCUGGGAUCCACGUGGACCGACCAGCUCGCUCUGCGGUGAUAUCUGAUUGGGUUGUGUUUGUGUCCCAAAGUCCUUGGAGGGGGGUUUAGAAGUCUCUGUGUGUCUUUCAGGAAGUGUUGUGGUGGGGGUUUUUGGGAUCCAGCUUUAGUGCCAGGGGCUUAUAACCCAGUUCUUCCCGCGUUUGCCACUCGCACGGUCGGAGCCAUGCAGCUGGACAAUGUCACCAGCGCGGGCGUCCACUCCUUCCAGGGGCACCGUGGAGUUGCCAACAAGCCCAAUGUGAUCCUGCAGAUAGGGAAGUGCAGGGCAGAAAUGCUGGAGCAUGUCCGGAGGACCCACCGGCACCUCCUGACAGAAGUCUCCAAGCAGGUGGAGCGGGAGCUGAAGGGAUUGCAGAAAUCCGUGGGGAAGUUGGAGAACAACUUAGAGGACCACGUCCCAACUGAAAACCAGAGAUGGAAGAAGUCCAUCAAGGCCUGCCUGGCCAGAUGCCAGGAGACCAUUGCCCACCUGGAGAGGUGGGUCAAGAGGGAGAUGAAUGUUUGGAAGGAGGUCUUUUUCCGCCUGGAAAAGUGGGCUGACCGCCUGGAGUCCAUGGGAGGCAAAUACUGCCCUGGGGAGCAGGGCAAGCAGACAGUGUCCGUCGGGGUGGGAGGUCCGGAGAUAAGGCCGAGUGAGGGGGAGAUUUAUGAUUAUGCCCUGGACAUGAGCCAGAUGUAUGCCCUGACCCCUCCUCCCGGGGAGGUGCCCAGCAUCCCCCAGGGCCACGAUUCCUACCAGUGGGUCUCCGUGUCGGAGGACGCUCCAGCCUCCCCCGUGGAGACCCAGGUGUUUGAGGAUCCCCGGGAGUUCUUGAGCCACUUGGAGGAAUACUUAAAGCAGGUGGGUGGAACAGAGGAGUAUUGGCUGUCUCAGAUCCAAAACCACAUGAACGGCCCAGCUAAAAAGUGGUGGGAGUACAAGCAGGACUCCGUCAAAAACUGGGUCGAGUUCAAGAAGGAGUUCCUGCAGUACAGCGAGGGAACUCUGACUAGGGAUGCGAUCAAAAGGGAGCUGGAUUUGCCCCAGAAAGAGGGGGAGCCCCUGGAUCAGUUCCUCUGGCGCAAGAGAGACCUGUACCAGACCCUCUAUGUGGAUGCAGAUGAGGAGGAGAUCAUCCAGUACGUGGUAGGAACCCUCCAGCCCAAACUGAAGCGUUUCCUGAGCUACCCCCUGCCCAAGACCUUAGAGCAGCUGAUCCAGAGGGGGAAGGAGGUCCAAGGCAACAUGGAGCACUCUGAGGAGCCCAGCCCACAGAGGACCCCUGAGGUUCAGCCAGGAGACUCCGUGGAGACCGUGCCCCCCUCAACCACCGCCAGUCCCGUGCCGAGCAAUGGGACUCAACCAGAGCCCCCCAGCCCCCCAGCCACUGUCAUAUGAGCUCCCCUGAGGGGGGUCUGGGUUCCGUGGAAGGGAGAAGGGGGCUUAUUUAGGAAGCUUCUCCUUGGAGGGAAGUUCUGGCUGAGACGAGACCUGAGGAGUGCUCAGUCCAACAGCCCAGAGCAGAGGGAUUGGCUUUGCUCCUGGGGGGAGGGAGGUGGUGAGGGAGAGGCACCCCAGGAUGGGGCUGCCCCCCUCACCCAGGCCGUGCCAUGCGGUGGUGCUGGGGACCCUGCUGGCACCACUGCGGGGAACAGCCAAUUUUAUGAGAAUUCCCUGACAAGAAACUAGAGACAAUUCCCAACUUGUGAAGCGGCCGCUCGGCACUGGCAGCUCUCAAGGACUUCAUACGAGUGCAGCAGUUGGUGGAGGGUUCCUACCCAUCUGGAUCUCUCUUUUUCCUUCUCUCCUCCCUCCUCCGAGAGGGUGGCCCUGUCCUGAGGAGACAGCUUUCUUUUUCACCCUUGCCUGUUUUUGAUUAACCUCUGGGUUUCUGUUCACUUGGCAAUCUCCUGCUCUUACUUGCUCCAAAGGAUUAAAGUAAUUUUUUUGAUUAUUUUUUGUUAUAAGAAGAAAAAAUAAUCCUAUUAUUUCAGGAACUGAAAGCUUUAAGAAUCUGGAUUAUUUUCUGUGGUUUUCAUUUCACUGCACCUAAUACCUGCUUUAAUGUGUUUCCUCUCAAGAGGCUCUUACUGGUUUACUUCUUGUCUUAGUUUCUGCUCACUCUAGUUCAAGGCCACUGCAGUGCAGAGGCAGAUUUCAUCCUUUCUCUGCACAUUAUCCUGUGCAUUCAGCAGGAAACAGAUUUUCUAAUUAAAUUCUGAGCUCAUUUAUUGAAGGAGCAGUCUCCUUCCUUUCAGAGAAGAGAGGGUGUUCAAGGUAGAGAGAGGAGACACCAGAGCUUUUUUGAGAGAGACUGGGGGGGAGGGAAGGGAAAUAAAUCCUUAUUCCUUGAAUGAAACAAACAAACACACCCUAAAUUCAGAGCAAAAUAUCCCCAGAGCAGCAAAUUGAGUCCAUGCUGAUGUGUGGAGACAACAGAAGCUUUUGCCAUGUAAAAGCCAAAAGAAGUGAAGAGAGGAUCUGUGUGCCCCAGCACAGUUUUAGCCUGUGCAUCGCUGCAAGGAGUUUCUGCUCACACAGACAGAAUCCAAAUGCUCCUGGAAAGACUGGCACCCCUGUCCUGGAGCACCUGAGGACAGAGUGUUGUCUGCUCACAGAGGAAUUCUUGCAACAUCUCACCAUAAAUGGAGAUGGACUUGGACUUUGUGACUUCUUCCAUGUUGAGACAGGAAACGCUCAGCACUCACCUGUGGCCAGUGCUUGAUGACAGGACUGAGAGAAGAAAGACAUUCCUGAAAUUUGGCUCUCCAAAGCUUCCCGAGGCUGAACACGUCUUGGGCAUCACCUGCAUCCACCACCAGACCAAAUAAACAGCAGGGAUGCAGCAGCAGGAGUGACCCUGGGAUGCUCCUGGCACUGCCACAGCGGUGGCACGUGGCCCUGGUGGCUCGGAAGGCCUUUGCUGUGACUCCUUCCAAGAGGCUGAAGUGACUCACUCAGAUCCUCCUCUGAGAAGGAAUCACUUCGCAGCAUGCAGCGUUUGGGAGGAAAGCCACAGAAAAAGCUGCAAAACAAAGGCCUCAACAUCAGACCUGCUCUCAGGACCCUUAGCCACCAAUGGCCAGAUCCACCACCUGAAGGAAAGACUGGCACAGCAAUCCCUGCUGCUGUUGCUGAGAUUCCUUCUCUGUGUCCAAGAGCUUUCCCAGGGGAGAAGAAAGUGCUGCAGGAAGACAAGAGGGCAAAUCAUGCACCAAAGAGCCUCCCAUGCAGUGCAAUGCAAACAUUCAAGGUGCUGAGAGCCAGAAUGAAACUGGGAAGCUGCUUCCAGCAGGACAAAGAAAAACCUGAGCUGGUCCAGGUCCUCCAAGCACAGAAGAAAAUGCUGAGAAUGGAAAGAGAGGCCAGAACAGAAGAACCAAGUCCAGGUUUUGGGGACAGCAGGGAUGCUGACUGUCUGUGGAGAGGAUUCUGCACCUCUGCAGUCUGGGGCUGCUGGGACUCACCUAAAGAAAUCUUCACUGGAAAAUGAUCCUCACUGAAAAAAAACAACAAACUUUCCUGAUUAACUUUGCCAAGGGGCUGAUCCUGCCUUGGCUAGGAACCCUCCCCGCUGGCCAUGCUGUAACUCACCUCUCCUGAGUCGUUUCAUGCGGGUAUCAGUUCCAGACCUCAAAAGGGCUCCCGGAGUUUGGAGAAGCAUCCCAUGGUCCAGAUGCUUGUCUGAACUGUUGGAGCCUGCACAUCUGGGCCAGCUGUCUUGCCAGCAAGGAGCCUUGUGAGACAGCAGGCGCUCUCUGGGUCUGCAUGGGCCAGAGUUACUGCAAGAACUGGGGUUCUUGUGCUGGCUUUGGAGUGACUGUUUCCAUCCAGACCCAGGGAGCCCAAAAAAAGAGCUCCAGUGAGCUGGACAAGACAGUUUUGGUUCAUCUCUCAGCCGAAGAGGUCCAGUUGGUUCCUCUCUCUUCCAGAGCCAACUGUCCUCUGUGUGUGUGUGGGUGGGUGGGUGUGGGUGUGCGUGUUUCAUUAUGGGGGGGGGGGUGUGUGUGUUGAGCAAAAAAAAUCCACAUUACUUCUGUGGUGUUUUGUUGCAUUUGAAUUAAGCUAGAGGGACCUAAGGCACAUUCCAACAAGGCUCAGCAAAAAUGUCCAGGACUGGAAAAUUCCAUAAAACCAUGUAAAGGCAGAUUCCCGGACAUCAUCUUAAGGUCUAAAUGAUAUUUGAUUUUGAGGUGCUUAAUUUCCACAGUCUCUUCCAGGGGACUGGACUGCCUCAAUAGGCAUUUUAUUUCUCCUGUUUUUUUAGGGAAUUAGCCUGUCUGUGCUACUUGGUCAUUUGGUCCUGAGUUUUUUUUACAUUUUCAGCUGGCUUUUUGGAGUGUGCAGAACUGAAUUUCCUGGACUGAUUUGAUUUCAAUUGUUGCUCCCAGCAAAUUGGAGCUUUACUUGUAGCACCCUGGUUUUUAUUACCAGCCUCUCCAGGAAGGACUGGUAGUUUAUUUUCCUGGGGCAGAGUCACGUGAAUGAGAAGUGUGGAUGUGCUGUACCUCUGGAACUUUAGCAGAUUUCAACCACUGCAUUUUUUUUCCUCCCUAGGCGAUUUUGCAUUUACUGAUGAAACUACUUUAGAGUUUUUAUUUUUACUAGAGAUAUUAUUAAUUCAAGCAACCUUGUGCAAAAGGCAAACAUGUCAAAUCGCUGCAGGUUGUAGGGGUUGAAGCCAAAAGGUCUUUGUAAGCCGACAUCACCUGCCCUGGACCUGACUGGACCAGGCAGUUUAUUCCUCAUGUGUCAUGUUGGAGUUACAAGAUCACACCAAGCCACUAGAGCCUGCCAGUAGAAUAGUGCAACCCUCGAUUUGCUAUUGUAGCAAAGCCUUUUGUAGAUUUAUACAAUAAAACUUUGAAAUAUCUGCUUCAA